UCAGUGAAACAAGUGUUGAACAGUCGCUAUGUAGUAUGGAGACUUAAGUAGGCCGUGUAUCCUUGGAUAAGGAUUUUAUUCUAAUGAGCAGAAAUAUCGUUGCUGGGAUUUUGUUUGUUGUUUUGCUGCAAUAUUUUGUAAUGCUAAACGUCAUUGGAAAGUGGAUUGAUAUUGCCAGCAAACGACCUACAUAUCAAAGUAGCACACAAACUCCGCAUCAGGCCAGUUAUGCUGUAGACGGAAAUACUGAGACCUGCUCCAGCACCCGUGACCUGAGAAAGCAAAUGUGGAUGGUUGACUUGGAAAUGAGAGCAUGGGUAGAAUAUGUUUUAAUAGAAAGUAAAAGAGAGCUACCAAAUGUUGAUAUCAGAAUAGGUGAUCAGGAAACCCCGGCUUUCGAAUCUAAUCCACUGUGUCGCCAAGGUCUUCAAGUCCCCAAAAAUGAUGACAUGAUAUAUGGUUGUGCUGAGCCAAUGCUGGGCAAAUAUGUUUAUAUUUCAAUCGACUACAAUGGAGCAGCAACGCUAGAAUUGUGUGAUGUUAAGGUCUUCGUGAAUGGUGAUGCAAUAGACGGCAAAAUGACUUACCUUCUUCCUACGAGUUAUGGCAGACAUCUGGUCCAGGGAAAGUUUUGGAAAUCAGAGAAAAGUGACCAAUUUGUGUUCAAAGUGGUCACCAAAAAAAGAGCUUAUUCCCACAGAAGUUAUAGGAAAGACGUCAUUAUAGAUCUUCCGCCAAGGAAAGAAAUGUUGAAGAAUAAUGCACCUAUCGUAAUGCCGUUGGAGCCAAGUUUAAAAAGCUACAAGGAAGAUAAAUGUAGCCCGAAGAAUUAUGAUGUUCUUUACCUCAACGGAACGAUCCUUGAAUACUCUAAGGAUAAAGGAGUUGUCGUAGUAAAAAGUGUUUACAUCCCUCUGCGCGAAAGGAGAACCAAGAAAAUGCGGGAACGGAUGUUUCAUUGCAGUAUAAAGGAUUUGCGAAUGAAAAGAGCUGACAUUUGUGACUUUCCAAACAAAUGUGGUGCCUCAGUCGGAUCUCACUGUGACAAAACAUUCAUCAGUUCAUCGUUUCCUCCGGGCGCCUAUCACUGCAAGUGCAAUGUUGGUUUCGUUCCAUCUCCUUCUUCAAAACUUCGUAUGGACAACCAUGUCAAUCCUGGUGAACGCUGCAUCAGAAAACCAGAAGCGCGCUUUCAGAUAGAACACAGCAAUCAGAAUCUUGCCUUAGCGAUGAGAGUAACAGCGUCUUCGACUGACAACUUUGACGGUUGCAAGAAAAAGUACUGUAAAGAGGUUUACGCUUUUGGCCUGUUUGUAACAGAUGGCAGUCUUAGGACAUACUUCCUUUCACUAAACGAAUACAAACCUUGGCUCAUUGUGCACCUGGACGACUAUCGUCUUGUGUCUUAUGUUCGUGUUACUGCUUCCACGAAAUUUUCUUUGGAACGUCUCAGUGUGUUCGUAGGCGAAAUAAAAGAAAGCUCAAGUCACUUCAGACUGUGUGGAUUUCGGCGCGAGAUGGAGAAAGGACAGCAGUUAAGCUUCGGAUGUAAUGAUUACUUGUUCGUAAAUGCCGUUAAAAUAACAACUUACUCUCGAAUACUGAGUUUGUGUGAGGUUGAGGUGUACUCUCACUCGUAUGCGAACGUUGCUUUGCAACCUAUAUCUAAACACAAAAAGUCCCUCAAGAACGAUGGAAAUCUUCAGUCAUGUUAUACGAAAACAGGAACUGAGUGGUCUCUGGACCUGGGAAAUAAUAUCCGCGUAGCAGUGGUAUUUAUAUUGCACGAUCACUCAACGUACCUUGAAGGUUCUGAAAUAACAGUUGGUUACUCAGGAAAGAAAGAAAUUUGUGCAACUAUUCCUAAAUAUAAAGGAUCAGGAAAUUACUUUGAAUGCCAGCAGCCUGUUAUUGGGAAUAAAUUGAAAGUUACCUCGAAACGCCGUGGCACUUUUAAACUUUGUGAAGUGGAGGUUUUUCAGACAAAGACAGUAAACUUAGCUGGAAAGCGUCCUGCGAAAGCUACGGUAAAUAACCACGAUGCAUACAGAGGCUGUGAUCAGAAGAUAGACAAGUCGUUCUCCAUCAAAAAGGAAGGAAUGAGAAUUGGGUGGUAUGUAGACUUGAUAGCAGAAUGUAAAGUCCAUCUGGUGCGGAUUGUGACAUCGAAAGGCUACAAACCGGCUGAUCUCAAAGGUUUAAAAGUUGUGAUAGGCACUCGUGAAGAUUCUCUCUGGAGCAAAGAACGUCGUGUUGCUAGUCUGGAUUUUCCAACAGCAAAAUCUGUCCAGACAAUAAUUCUUCCAAAAGAAACCAGAGGGAGGUUUGUUGGCCUCACUUUUGAAAAAGCUGGCGUCAAACUCCAGUUCCUUGAGGUGGAAAUUUACAAUGGCCCGUUGUUAGUCGUCGAUGUCUGCAAAAAGCCUGACAUUUGUGGCCACAAUUACAAAUGUGUGAAUGGGAAAAAAAUUCACUCUUGUAUUUGUCCAAGUGGAUUCCAAAUAACAGGGCGGUAUAAAGAAUGCAAAGACAUCGACGAGUGCGCUUCUAGCAAUGCAUGUCCGAGGCAUAUAAAGAACUCUUAUUGCAAGAACACCGCUGGAUCAUAUAAGUGUUUUUGCAAGGAAGGUUACGAAGCUGUGACUAAUCCUGAAGGAAAUCUUCGUACAUGUCGAGACAUCGAUGAAUGCAGUAAUCCAAGUUUGAACGAAUGCAAUGAUCGCACUAUCUGUGUCAACAACAUAGGCGGAUACACUUGUAAGUGUGCUGUGGGGUAUGAGUCAGACAAGGGAGGUAAAGCUACCGGCAUAGACAUCAAGUGCAAAGAUGUAGACGAAUGCUCAAGUAAUAUCGAUGCCUGUCACGCAAAGGCCACGUGCUCUAACACCAUAGGCUCAUACAAGUGCACGUGUUUGCAAGGACUUCGAGGAGACGGCCGCUUGAAUUGCCUAAAGAUGCAGCCAUGCUCAAUUAACAAACCGUGCAUGGAGAAUGAAGUUUGCAAAGACUUCGGAGGUUUGCGCCUGUGCGAUUGUAAACGAGGAUAUCAUAUCAAAGACAAAAGUUGUGUUGAAACAAAUGAGUGUAAUGAGGACAAAAGUAUCUGCGGUUCAAACUCCGUUUGUACAAAUACUCGGGGAUCUUAUCACUGCAACUGUGAAGUGGGCUUCGAGAGCAAAAUGGACGAUGGAAAGAACUGCACUGAUAGAGAUGAAUGCCAGAAAAAGAACCCAUGUGGCGGAGUGGCAACGUGUGAAAAUACGGAAGGAUCGUACCACUGCUCCUGCACUGAGGGCUUCACUUUUGAUCGAAAAACAAAGCAGUGCGUUGAUGCAGACGAAUGCAUUGAUGUUUACACGUGUAGUGCUCAUAUGGCUUGUGAGAACACGUUUGGAUCGUUUUCUUGCACUUGUCGCCAUGGAUACCGACUGGACAAAAGUAGCCAAAACUGCACAGAUAUUGAUGAAUGCGAGGAGGACGACCAUAAUUGCACCAAGUUUUCAAAGUGUAGAAACCUCAUCGGCGCUUAUGAAUGUCGCUGUAAAGGCGGUUACCAAAAAACGCUACAAGGAGCUUGUAAAGAAAUUUGCAUUCCUGCUUGCGGUGCAAAUUCAUAUUGUGAAAAAGGAAAGUGUUUAUGUCUAAAGGGCUAUUCUCUCGGCCCAGACUUCACGUGUGAAGCAGGUUUUCUUGGAUCAUCAGGCGUUUCCCUUCCUUCUCGAGACGGGUUCCUCAUCAUGAUAGCAACGUUACUGUUGUCCCUGGUUCUGCGAAAUCUUUCAUAAUGAUUUUUUUUUCUCUUUGUGAAUCAUUUUUUAUUGUACUUAGAGUCUAAAACAAUAUUUCAGGAACUGAAACCAGAUCAUAACUAUGCCUUGUAUCAAUGAUAUCUGUAAUUUGAUCUCUAAACAAAGAUAGUCUUGAAAGAAAGUAAUAAAUUCUCUUCCUCACUUA